UUGAUAAAAUUUUUGAUAAGCUGGAGCUGGAAAUUGAAGAGAAUCGAUGAAUUUUUACUUUAUUUUUAUUAUAUAAAUAGUUAACUUAUUUUCGUAAUGUUAUUUUAUCAAAGUAUUCCUUCUAAGGCUUAGUUAUUUUUCAUAAAAUCUGCACAAAUGCCUGCCAGUUCUUUUUUUCGCCGGAUUAUGGGAAAUGACAACAGCCUCCCGUCCGAUUUGAAACUCGAAGGUGUUAUUAAGGCUUCAGACUGCUGGACUCAAAAAUCAGCCACACUUCAUAAAGGUGUCACCAAAAUUUGUGUGUUUGAGCAGUCUCUUCUCAAUGAGAAUAUAGAGCUUCUUCAAAAGUUGUCCAAGAAUUUAAUGUUACAUAGGCAUCCCUUUAUAUUAAAAUAUAUUUCAUCAUGGAAAACCAACAAAAUGUAUUACGUGGCUACGGAAUACGCUGAACCACUUGCUCAUAAAAUAUCUGAUAUUUUUCCAAUGCAAUUAUGUGUGGGAUUAUUUAAUAUUUUGAAAGCCAUCACUUUUCUACAGGAUCAGGCUCUCUCUACUCAUAACAAUCUAAAUAAAGACGCAAUUUUUGUAACGAACGAUGAAUGUUGGAAAUUAGGACAGUUGGAGAUGCUAUGCAGGAAAAGUGUCGAAGAAGGUGAUAAAUCGAAUGGAGUGAACUCCGAUUUUCAAUCAUUAUUUACGGAUCAACGAAGCUUCACUACCUUGGCUAGUGAAAUAUUAGAUGACAAAACAAAUGAUGACAUACCUUUCGUUGUGGAGUUCAGAGAACUUUGUAAAUUGUAUAUUUCUGCUAAAAAUCCAAAUCCGCAAUUUUUACAGCAGUUGUUUAGGCAUCCUUUUUUUUCACACCAAUUUAUCGUUAUCUACUCUUUUUUAAUCGAGCUGCCUUUAAAAAGCGAAUGUGAAAAAGCAGAAUUUUUCAUUACGGUAGCUGAAAAGCUCUCUUCUUUCCCAGAAGAACUUGUUGCCAGACAACUUGGAACGCUGUUAAUGUCACGAUUGGUUCUGUUGAAUAUUACCGCUCAAAAUUAUCUAUUACCAAAGAUUUUCAAUCCAAGAGAUGAUGAUAAUUCUUCAGCAUUAUUUAGCGAAGCAACUUUACAGAAAUACAUUAUGCCGAAAUUGUUGAACAUAUUUUCGUUACGUGACUCUCAAAUAAGAUUGAUUGUGCUGAAAUAUUUUUCUUCGUUUCAUAGAUUUUUCACCAAAGAACAACUGCAAAAUAAAAUUUUGCCUGAAUUACUUGUGGGUAUCAAAGAUACGAACGAGCAAUUGGUAGCAGCUACUUUACACACGCUUGCAGAUUUAGUUCCAAUUUUAGGAGCUUCGACAGUUAUUGGAAAAGGCUGUACGAAACUGUUUGCUGACGGAAGACCUUUAAUGAAAAACGAGAAAAAUAAUGGAGAAGAAUAUUCUGAAGGAAGUCGUUCAUCUGACACCAUAUCUGUUACUGAACCAGAAUUUAUUUUUGCUGAAAGACCUUCCCCUGAUGGAGGUGAAGAUUCUACAGUCAGUAUUCCUAUAGAGAUUGAAAAUGCUACUCCAUCUAAUGGAGUACAUUUGAAUUUGAUCGAAAGCACACCUCCUUUAAAACUGACCAGUGUAAAGCCAUCGUCUCCUAUUGACAUUAUUGAAGAAGUAAUAAAACCGGAACCUUUGAAACCAGUCAAGAAAAAACCUCUCUCAUUGAAAUAUACUCCUUCCUUGGUAACAACAGAAGACCUUAAUACGCUUGAUAUCAAGUGUAGCAAAUCAAAAAACGACGACACAGAGAUUCUUUUAGAAGAAAUGUUUAAAGCCAUGGAACCUGUGAUAUCAAAAACAGCUAUCGUUAAAGUGAAUGAUGGUGAAAAUGUGAAUAAAUUCGAAGUUGCGAACGUUGACUGUGCCGAUGAAGGAUGGGGAGAUGUUAAUAAUUGGGAAGAUCUUGAAGAACUAGUGGAAAAUGAAUGAUUAUUCAUUCUAAUUUUUUUAUGGCUGUGUCAGUAAUAUUAAACGAGUACCGUUUGUUCACGGUGCCCCGAUUUGAUUUUUUUAAGUGCCUUUUAUCAAAUAUUUAUUGUUUUUAUAUUUGUAGUAAUACAUUUUAAAAAUUA